AUGUAUUCAAAACUGAACGAUUAUGGAAUAACUCCAAAUACAACAACCUACAAUAUAAUUCUCGAUGCUAUUAAUAAUCUGAAGAAUGAACCACGUGCUGUAUCCAAAAUGGUAAAUUAUUAUCAUAGAAUGAUAGAAAAUCAAGUUGUGCCAAAUCUCUAUACUCAUUCUAUACUGAUAAAACAAAUUUAUAAAAGAGAUCAUGAAAUCAAUAACCAGAAAAUAUUUUGGGCUAUGAGAUUAAAGUUAAAUCCAAAAGACAGAUACGCAUCGAAAGGUUUGGAUAAUUUUAUUGAUGAAGAAAAAAAUAUAGAUUUAGCAUUAGAAAUGCUUAAAGGCACUUUUAACAUUAAUGGAUUUUUGUAUGAUGGUAAUAUAUGUGAUAAGCUAUUAUUUUCAUUUGCUUUUCGUGGUAAAGUCAUGGAAGCGUUAAAUAUUUUUGAGAUUAUGGAAAAAAAUAAGAUCGUUUCACCACUUACAUAUGGAUAUUUGGUUCGUUUGUAUGGUACAAUUGGUGAUAUACAAAGUGCAUUGGAAUGUUAUCAAGAAUAUCUGAAACAGUUACCAUCAUAUCACACCGAAAUUAGAAACCCGUUAGCCAUCUACAAUCAACUGAUAUAUGCCCACAUAAACUGUGGUGAUUUAAAAGGUGCAACAAAUGUUAUGGAUGAACUUAUCCCUCAGAAUAACCUCGAGCCAAAUGACUUGACUUAUUAUUAUCUUAUAAAGUAUUUAUGUGAAAGAGAUUAUGAUAAAGCUACUGAUAUUUUCAAUAUCAUGAUGGAUAAAAAAAUGAAAAUCCACCAUAUGACACUCAGUGUUUACAUCUAUGCCACAUUUAAAUAUCGAAUAGAUAAUUUAAAUGGCCUUUUAGAUGAAUUAUUAAAUUCAGGUCAAGUUUUUGAUAAUUAUCUUACAAAAGUUUUUAUUAGUCAUUAUUCAGAGGUUGAAAGCAUCUCAAAAUCAUUAGAUAUUGUGGCAAGGAUUUUGUUAAAUCUUGAAAAAUCUUUGAGUAGUAUAGAAAGAUUUUAUCAAUUUCAAGAUUUAUUAGAUGAUUUAAUAAUCCAUAGUAGUGUUUCGUUAAGCGAAGCAAUAGAUUUCAAAUUAAAAUUUUAUUAUCGCUCUUUUGAUAUAUCACGUGUUAUUAAUGAUAUUUUGAUUAGGAAAUAUAAUGGAUUAAAAAACGAAUCAAAACACUUUUCUCAAUUAGAAUCACUUUCCAACGAACAAAUAUCUGGUUUAUUUGAUAGUUUUGGUUUUAAAAAAUCUGUAAACAACACACAUGAUGAAUAUGUUAAUGGAUUACUGUCAUUGAUGGAUGAUUUUAUUGCAACUGGUGUUAUAGUCCCAUACCAUACAAUUAAAAGAUAUGCUGAUGCUCUGAAAGAAAUUGGUGAUGAGAAAGCUAUCAAAAAAUGGAAUGAAUUAUAUCUCACAAUGACAAAAAUAUGUGAUGAAAAGAAGGAAGUUAAUACAGAUAAAAAUAAAGUCGAGAAUUUAGAUCAAAUGAAGGGUCGUAAUCCAACAAUGGAUGAAAUAAAUAAAUCAUCAGAAUUGGCAAGUAUUUGUAGAGGUAAUGAUAUUAAACCUGGUUUAAUAUUGGCAGGAAUCAAGCAAAUGCUUAAUGACAACCUAUUACCUACACCUGAACUUGUCAGUCAAGCAAUCAGAAAUCUCGGAAAACAAAAUAGAUUAGAGGAAGCUCAAGAAAUAUAUAAACUUUUCUUGGGCUUUUAUACUAAUUGGAACAAGCAAGUCAGGGAAAAAGCAUUACACUAUGUGUAUAAUAGUAUGUUGAUUGCUUAUGCCAGUAACAACAUGGCGGACGAAGCUUAUAAGGUGCAUGAUGAAAUCAUCAAAAAAGGUUGGCACCCUGAUGCAGGUGCAUAUGCUGAUCUUCUGGUGGCUGAAAAAGAGGAUGAUCCAUAUGACAUCUCAAAAGUUUUACAGAUUUAUUCAGAAAUAAAAAAUUUUAAGGUCAGGCCAUCAAUAUAUCUUUGUAAUGUUUUGAUAAGUAAAUUUGGAAAAGCACUUAGGAUUGACUUGGUUCAGCAAGUCUAUGACGAUAUGAAAAAUAACCAGUUUUUACCCAAUGUUGUCACAUAUGGAGCUUUGAUUUCAGCCUACACUAAAGCAAAACAUGAAAAAAAGGCACUUGAAUUGUUUCAACAGCUGGAAAAUUCAAAUAUUCAAACACGUAUUACACAAUAUAAUGCCAUGAUGCAAUACUAUACCACAGAUGUCCCUAAUAGAAAAAAAGCGCUUGUUUUCUAUCACAAAAGCCAACAAAGAAAUCUAGAACCCAAUUCGCACACAUACAAAAUAUUAAUAGAUUUAUAUGCUACAAUUGAGCCAUAUGAUAUGAAGUCAGCAUUGGAUAUCUUGGAAGAUAUGAAAAAGAAAGGCAUAACGCCUCAAGCAACGCAUUAUGCAUCAUUAAUCUAUGCAUAUGGAUGUUGUCAAAAAGAUUUAAACAGUGCCUUGGAUGUGUUCCAUUCUUUAAAAUCUUCAUAUAAUAUUAUCCCUAACGGUGAAGUCUUCAAAGCAUUAUUAGAAGCUUUAGUGAACAAUGAGAAAAUUGAGGAAGCUGAAAAAUAUUAUGAUGAGAUAUCCAAAGAAAAUAUUAAAUCCACGAGUAUUGAUAAUCUAUUUAUUAAAAGUUAUGGGGAGUUGGGGCAAUUGGAAAAGGCAGAAAAAAUAUUCAACAGCAUGGGUGAUUUUUCAAAAGAUCCAAGUACUUAUGGGGAAAUGAUUAAAGUUUACGCUUCAAAUGGGAAAAUUGAAAAGGCAAAAGAGAUCGCAAACAUUAUAGAAAAUAAGAAUUAUUCAGAAAUCAUAAAAAGUAACAUAAAUGAUCUAUUAUCUUCUUCUUCGCUGUCAUCGUCACCUAGCUAG